UCGUCGCCCGGUUCGAUUGGUUCAGAUUGGUUGGUCAGCUGCUCAAAAUAAUUAUCAAAAUACCUCAUAUAGAAGAAAAAUACUUAUAUCUCCAAUCCUAAUUGAUAAGUAAACCUCACAAUUCACAACUGAUGAAUAGGGAUUGUAGUGUCAUAAUACGCAUAUUUACUACGUUGUGAAUAUUUCAAGAUUUUAUAUUUACCAACAUCGCGACGAACUUUCAAAUAAAAGCACUUACUUACCGUCAAGCAAAAGCUUUAAUAAUUCAUCAUAGUAUUAUAAGGGAUACUCUUAUCUCCAAUAACUAAAGAAGUUGGAUUUGAAGACAUGGAAUCAACUGACACAAACACAGCUGAUGCUGAAAAAGGCUUAGAUGAUGUUGAACUAAAGUAUACUUUACUGCCAUUCGAAAGGCAAAUAUUUGUAGAUGCUUUUGAAAAAGAAGCACUUGUCGUCAUGGCUAAGGGAAUUAAUUACAAUAACAUAAUAUCAAAUUUAUUGUGGAUUUACAAAGACCCUGAGCAUUUGGUUUUUGUGUUGAACAGUGGAGAACAAGAAGAAAAAUAUUUUACUGAAAAAUUUGGAUUAUCACCUUUGCCCAAUCUUGGAACUGAUAGAGAAAAAGCCUAUUUAGAGGGAGGGAUACAUUUUGUUUCAACUCGCAUAUUAGUUGUGGACUUGUUGAAGAACAGAGUUCCCAUUUCCCAUAUAACUGGCAUCAUUGUUUUGAGAGCACAUACUGUUCUCGAAUCAUGCCAGGAAGCUUUUGCAUUGAGGCUCUACAGACAAAAUAAUAAGACUGGUUUCGUGAAGGCAUUCUCAAAUUCCCCUAUAUCAUUUACGUUUGGCUACAAUCAUGUGGAGAAGGUUAUGAGGGCAUUAUUUGUUACAGAGCUAUUUCUAUGGCCAAGGUUCCAUGGCUCAAUAAUCAAAAGUCUCAAGAGUAGACAAGCGGAAGUGGUGGAACUGCAUGUGCCGCUGACCACCAACAUGCGGUUCAUUCAGACUUGCUUGCUUGAUAUCAUAAACUACACUGUGAAACAACUCAAAAGCAUCAAUAGGACAUUGGAUAUGCAGGAAAUAACAACAGAAAACUGCAUAACAAAAAAGUUCCACAAAAUUCUUCAGUCACAGCUAGACUGUGUUUGGCAUCAGUUAAGUACAAGAACAAAAGAGUACAUACAAGAUCUCAAAGUACUGCGGAGCAUGGCUGUUAACUUGAUAGAUGAUGAUGCUGUUUCAUUCCAUGCUUUAGUAAGUAAAUACAGCACACAAGAAUAUGCACAGGUCAACUCUGGAUGGAUACUUUUAGAAUCAGCUGAGCAGUUAUUCCGAAUAGCUAGAGGAAGAGUAUUUAAUCAUAAACAAGAAUUCGAUCCAGAACAUUGUCCAAAAUGGAAAUGCCUCAGUGAUCUGCUGUUGAAAGAAAUACCUGAAGAAGUUAAGAAAAAAGAUGGAGCCAACUUAAAUAAUACGAAAAUAUUAGUUCUUUGUCAGGAUAACAGAACAUGUUCCCAAUUAAAUAAUUUUCUAACUAUGGGCCCUCAUAAAUAUCUAUUUUACAUGGCGUUUAGAAGAGACCUCACUAUAAAUAGUGUUUCAUCUAAAUAUACAAAUCUGAAGAAGCCUAAAACUGAGGAAACAAAUGAUAAAGAUACAAAACGUAAGGAAGAAGCGAAAGAUAAUGAUAAUAAAGAUGAGGAAGAUUUUAAUGCAGAUGAAACUAAAUCUAAUUACCUGCUAACUUUAACACAGUGUAAUGCCCAAGCUGAGGCAGCAGACACAAGUAUGUUUGAGCCAAUUUCGCAGAUGGAGAGUUUAGAUUUUACUCAACUUGAAAUAGAGAGGCCCAUUAUUUGCAUUCGAACGUUCAAAGAAAGUGGCUGCAACUUUUCCCUGGAGCGUACAUUAGAAGCGUUGCGGCCAGAGUACGUGAUCUUAUACCACUGUGACGUCGCCGCAGUUAGACAAAUAGAACUGUUUGAGUGCCGCAAAAGAAACGACGAACCCAAAACUAAAGUAUACUUUGUAAUUCAUGAUAAAACAAUAGAGGAACAAUCCUACCUUACCUCUCUGAAGAGAGAGAAACAAGCUUUUGAAUUAUUAAUCCAGACAAAAAGUGUAAUGGUAGUGCCAUCAUAUCAGGAUGGCAAGACAGAUGAGUAUUUUACCUUGAAUGUAGAACAUGAGGACAAUGCCUUAGACACACGGAAAGCAGGUGGGCAAAAUCAGCAAAAAGAGAAGCCUGCAGUUAUCGUAGACAUGAGAGAAUUUCGUUCAGAUCGCCGUGAGCCUUACUAAAUUCUAUACGAUCUACAAUAGCGCUUUCUCGCGUCAUAAUAUUGCGAUAAACCUGAUCUACGUAGCGUUAGCCGGACAUCUGUUGCGAGGAAAUCUAUUUCCGAUUUGAUUGGAUCCCUAAAUUCUGGCCGACUCUACACGCAAUGCACCCAAAUGUGUCGAAAUUAUAGUCGCCCCAUACUUCUUAUUGAAUUCGACCAAAAUAAGCCGUUUAAUUUACAGGGCCACUUCGUAGUGUCGACCGACAUAUCAGGCGCGGACAUACAACAAAAGCUUCAACUGCUCACCAUACACUUCCCUCGGUUGAAGCUGGUCUGGUCUCCAAGCCCCUAUGCUACUGCAGAAUUAUUUUAUGAACUAAAACAAGGUAGAAAAAAUCCUAACGUAGCAGAAGCUCUAGCCCUCAGUGGCGAUAACACCGCUGAAGAUAUGCAUUACGAGCGAUACAACAUCCUAGUUCAUGAUUUUGUGCAAAAGCUACCCGGCGUCAACUCGAAAAAUAUCGCAAGAAUUAUGGAUCGAGGCAAAUCUUUGGAUCACCUCAUUACUUUAUCCCAAGAUGAGUUACAAACUUUGAUAGAGAACAAAAAUGAUGCAGCAACCUUGCAUUCUAUUCUACACGUCAAGCCUCGCCCCGUGGAUGCAAAUAAGGACGACAAAUCCUAUGGAAAAAAGAAAUUUGGGGGGAAACCGUUCCAGAAUAAAAGAAAGUGAUCUGUGAUAUGUAAAUAAUUUAUUAUUUAAACCAUACAAUAAUUUAAGAAGCAAUGGUGUGAACAAUACAAUAAAUUCAUUGGAUAUAAGGUG